AUGCUUCGUUUACUUUCCCUGGCGCUGGCCUUUGGCCAAGUUCACGGUGGUGUGGUCGCCCGCGUGGAUUCGUCCCCGAACGCCGCCUCAUCCCUGCUUGAGAGGGACUUGGAGAGCAGCCUCCCGGCCUACAAGCCCGAGGAAUUCUCUGACUACCACAAGUGGACUCCCGACUCUACCCUCUACGAAGGUCUCCCCCUACUGGAGAAGCAGGUCACGGUCGAUGGCAAGCAGUUGACCUACCAGGACUUUAACAUCUCUGCCCUCACCACGGAGCAGUUCAAGCAGCACUACAUGAGCAUCCCGCAGUUUUUUGAUUCCGAGGGGAAGUUCAUCCCCUCAGGCGAUGAAGUCGAGUCAUACCACGCCUCUCUCAUUGCCCUUGAGAGCAACCCCGACGCAGGUAUCGCUCUCCCCACCAAGCAUGUUAGCAAGAGGGCCUUCCCCGACGCGUGCUUCUACGACGACAGUCUGCGUUGCUCCAGCAGCUGCACGGACUACAUUUCCCGUGGUGUGAGACAGUCCUUCAACAACAACGUCUACGGAUACUACCACUACGUCUCGGAUCCCCAAUGCGGCGUCGGCUCCAUCUCCAGGACCGUAUCAGUCACCCACAGUUCUGGCGUUAGCAUUGGAGGCAGCGGUUCGAUUCCCGGGUUUGGCGCAGACAACUCAUUGCUCAAGGCAGCCUCCACCUUCCUCAGCACUUUUGGCCUCACCAUCGGCCAUACUCCCGACAGUGUCACCACCGGUAUCAGCUACUCUGGUAAUUGCGGUGCCUUCAACGUCUGCUUCCUCUGGGAGAGACCCCACUUCAGCGUCGACAAGGGCGUCAUCGUCACCGAACAAAUUGACGCCAACUCGAAGAGAACGUGCGCUUCCCCCACCAUCACUCCGUACGAGGUUCACACCAUGCACACCGACCAAGAUGCUGGAGGUGCCAGCGCUCAUGGACUGUGCUACUCUAUGGCAUACCACGGAUGCGGUGGCCGGGUGGUCGCUUCUGACUCGAUGAUUCCUUGCCCCAACAACUACUAG